GCAAGUCGCCAAGCAUUUGAAAUUUGAAAAUGAAAACAUGCUGAUAACGUAAUCGUCAGAGAUCACGUGACAACAACAACAAAAAAAUAUAUGAGUAUUUCAUAAUCAGAAACAAUUGUUAGCUCCUUGCCGUCUGGUCAUAUUUUUUCCACCUUUAAGCCUAUCCUUGUCAACUAGUGAAUACCCCAAUCCCCAAGUGAUAGUCCUCCAUAUUCACACUGCUGAAUCCAAUAACAUUAUUGCCCUGAUUGAUAACGGAGCAGAUAUUAAGGGUAAUUGAAAAGUUUUAACCUAAGUGAUACUUAUUUGGGUCAAAAGUUGGCAGCAAUGCGGGUUGCAUUUAAACCAUGGCGCGAAUCCUCGAGCUUGAUCUUGGUGGCCAAAACAGCCUUUGCACCUAAUGCCACGGACUUCAACUAUAAAUUACUCGCCUUAAAGCGUAGCUCAACGUCUGCAUUUAUGCCCAACACGUAUGUAUUUCCUGGAGGAAACUUAUCGAGCGCGGAUAAGUCGCGCGAAUGGCUUGAACUCUAUGCUAAAUUCGGAUUCAACUCUAAUACCUUCGAUAAGCUCAACCAUAAAGAGAACAGAACACUAAUCUUCAAAAACGAAUCUGAAGAUGUCCUGCCGAAGUUUCUUUCAUUGAGGAUAGGCGCAAUCCGAGAGACAUUCGAGGAAUGCGGCAUUCUUAUUUGCAGGAGUUAUAAAAUCAAUUACAAGGAGAGAAUCACUAGAUGGGCCAGUUUUAUAGAUGGACCAGAAAUUAAGAAAUGGCAAGAUAAGGUUCACGAUGAUCCACAGCAAUUUUUGGAGCUUUGCCAUAAAUUUGAAGUGUACCCAGAUGUAUGGGCCCUUAAGGAAUGGAGCAAUUGGGCAACACCUGCUUCCAUGACUAAAAGAUUUGAUACGGUCUUUUUUUUGGCUUCCUUUUUACAAACUCCAGCCGUGUACGCUGAAAAGCAGGAAGUGCAACAUCUGGAGUGGGGCACUCCUAAGGACUUCAUCAUGAAAAAUAAAAAAGAGGAUAUAAUGGUCCCACCACCACAAUACUACGAACUUUCGAGACUAAAUAAUUUCAAGGACAUCGAUAGCUUGUCAAAGUUUGCUAACGAGAGAUCUGAAUGUGGUUUAGAGCGGUACUUUCCCUACAGAAUAAACACUGACAACGGAGUAUAUAGCAUCCUCCCUGGAGACGAUUUAUACCCAGCAGAGAUAGAUCCGACCAACGUGGACGUUGCUUUCAUGGAAAAAUUGCCCGAAAGCUCGGCACAAAAUAGAAUUUUGCAUAUGUCUCCCUAUUCCAAUCAAAUAUUGGUACAAAACCAUAAGCCCAAAUAUAAUCAUUUGGUGCCAAUAGAACUUAUCCAAAGUUCUAAGUUGUAAGGGAAAUAAUAAAACUCAUUGUUUUUUUUUACAAACGUUUUAAUUUAAUCUACACAAUUGACAUAUAGUCU